UGAUGGUGGUGGUGGUGGCGGCGGUGGUGACCAGGUCAGGCUCACGGGAUCAAGGAUAGGGGCGUGAGGUUGGCGUGCGUGGUGUGGAGCUGUUCUGGCUACUGGAUCAGCGGGUGGAGAUACGGCCAGGUGGAAGGGUGCGCUCUUGCAAAUCCCCCAGUGUCUUUGUGAGGCCCUAGCUGUUCCAAAGGAGCAGCAACCUUUGCGUUGCGAAGAACUGGAAAUAAAAAAAGCUCUGCGAAACACGACAGCAUGGCGCUCAAGGCGAACAAGCGCAUGCUUUAUGUGGGCGGUCUAGCGGAAGAGGUGACAGAGGAGGUCUUGCGCGAUGCCUUUGUCCCUUUUGGCGACAUUUUGGAACUGCAGCUACCUCUUGAUUUCCAAACCCAGGACCACAAGGGGUUUGCGUUUAUUGAAUACGCAACGCUUGAGGACGCAGAAGCUGCCAUUGACAACAUGCAUGAGUCAGAGCUUUAUGGCCGAACGCUGCGCGUCAACGUGGCCAACGUCACACGCAACCUCAACCUUGCCAAGCCAUUGUGGCAACAAGAAGCUUGGCUUGCCGAGCAUGGCGACGUGGCUGACGGGAAGGCAGCUAAGGACAUGGAGACAGAGGCCCUGGCCAAGCUACAGUCCGACAAGGACACCGAUGAAGGCGAGCCCAUGAGCAAGCGCGCUCGUUCUGACAACCCCAAAGUGUAUUUGGACAUCAAUAUUGGCAAUCAGCCGGCCGGCCGAUUGGUCAUCGAGCUGCGUGCGGACGUUGUGCCCAAGACGGCCGAGAACUUUCGACAGCUAUGCACCCAUGCCAAAGGCUUUGGACUUCGCAACAGCAUAUUCCACCGCAUCAUUCCUGGCUUUAUGGCCCAAGGUGGUGACUUUACGGCCGGCAACGGCACAGGCGGCAAGUCAAUCUAUGGUCGCACUUUCAAGGACGAGAACUUCCAACUGCAACACUUGGGCCCUGGCACGCUGUCCAUGGCCAAUUCGGGUCGUCACACCAACGGCUCGCAAUUUUUCUUGACCUUUGCUAAAACCGAGUGGCUGGAUGGCAAGCACGUCGUGUUUGGUCACGUGAUGGAGGGCAUGUCUUUGCUGAGUCAACUUGAGGGCGUCGGUUCGGAGAGUGGUAAACCGAGCAAGAAGGUGCGCAUUGUGGAUGCUGGAGAGGUAUAA